GAUGACGUAGCACACAAGCGACGUCAGCAUCAAAACUAAUGUUGGAAUGAGAAAAGUAGAAGGCUGAGCAAAACUGCACAUAUUUUUUUUGAUUUCUUAGUUUACAAAGCGCAUUUAACAAAAUAAAAAUAUGGAGUUAACUGAACUAGUUUCUCCAAGUGUGGCUAUGCCUGUUAUAGGAGUUGUAGUUUGUGCUUUUAUUGUAUUUGCAUUCGGUUUUCGUUCACCUGUUCAGCCUCCGAGUUUCAGUUUUGAAGAAGAAAAGCGCAACAAAAGGCGAGCAAAACAACCUAAAGUGAAAAGUCCAAUAAAUGGACAAGUGUUAAAUGAAACCAUUGUGGAUGAUGAACCUAAAGCAACACCCAAAGUUGUUAAAGAAGUGAAAACUCCAUCACCACCUCCUAAGCCUAAGACAGAUACUUCUAAACCAGUUAAAAAGGAUACAAAACAGGAAGUUAAAACUGACAAAAAAGAAAAGCAACUUUCAAAGAAGCUAAUUGGAAAUAAAGAAGAAGUUGUGAAAAAAGAAAAAGCUGUUCCUCUAAAGAAAGAAACUGAAGAUGAUGGUGAAUGGACAACUAUACUGGUAUCAAAGAAAACUAAAAAGCAGAAGCCAAAUAAGAAAGAUGGAGGGCAUGCUGAAUCUGCAUUUGAAGUAGAAAAUGAGCAAGAGAGUAUGUCAACACCAGACGCAGCAGCUGCUUCUGCUUCUAUAACCUCAAUUGAAACAGAAGAGUCAAGCCCUCUUUCAUUCAAUAAGUUAAAGAAGAAGAAGAAAGAUGGAAAAGUUGAUGAAAAAGUUGAAAUUACUUCCUCCUCAAGUGUAAUAGAGACAAGUGCUGUUCAACCUGAUGAACCAGUUGAUAAAAAAAAGAAGGCUAAGAAAGAUAAGAAAACUGUUAAUGCAGCAGCCGGAGCUGCUCCUGCUGCUGAUAAUCUGCCUCAAGGUGCAGCUCCUGCCUCUGGAAAGUCAGUUAAAAAAGAAGUUAGCCCUGCACCAGCAGCCCGAGACAUUAAAAAAUCCACUGCUUCAGCAGCAGUGUCAGGAGAACAGGCCAAGCCUAGUGGUCCCAGUAAAUCCAAGAAGGUCAAAGCAAGCCCCAUUGAGCCAGUCAGCCCCCAGCCAGAGAAAGCUGUCUCUGCACCUGUGAGUGCUGAACCUGCAGCUGCAGCAGCUUCUGGGAAAAAAGCAAAGGCUGUUCCAGCCCAAACUGAGCAGCCAAAACCAAGCAGUGGAUCUUCUAAUACUGAGCUUUCCAAGACGAGCCCCAAAAAGAAAAAAUCUAAAACCAGUGAAAACAAUCAGGAGGCUCCCUCUGAAAAGUCUGUGGACAUUGAGCUCAAGCAGGUAGAGCCCAGCAAAAAGGCAGUGGUUAAAAAGCCAGAUCCUGUUAAAAAGCCAGAUCCACCUACCAAAGCACUUGAAGUGGCACCUGAACCAGCCAUUUCUGAACCACAAGUUGUUCCUGCUGCUGUGUCUUUUGAUGAAAUAGGAGAUUCCUGGCAAGAAGCCGCACCAAAGAGUAAGAAAAAGAAGCCUAGAAGGGACAACUAAAGCCCAAUAUGUGUAUGUUGUGUCAAACAAGCAGCAUUCCUUCAAUGUUUUUAACAAUUUACCUAUGUGAUAUGAAACCUGACAGCAACAUGAUAAGAAUGACCAGCCUACCAUUUUUCACCUGUUUCAACAUGCAAUAGUCAAAUGGAGAAGACUGGAAUGUUCUUGAGCUCAAUGAUGAGGAUAACAAUGUCUCACCUUAUGUCCACUCUAGUAAGAUUUUUCUCUUUUAUUUGUUGAGUGCUUUGAACCACCAGACAGACAUGUUGUGAUAUCUUCAACCACAUAGGCAGUUUUGAUAAAAAACAAAAUGAAAUUUUCAGAAAUAAGAAAGGGUAUGCAUAUUUUUAUAUGGACUUUAAUUUACAAUCCACUUGUGCAUUUCAUUGUGUCUUUCUUUGGACGAUUUUCAUAAUGUUGAUGUUAUCUUUUGCUGUAUGUUUCUACUUUAUAGUGAUUGCAACCUUUGUUAUAGUUUCAAAAACUGUAGGGAAUGAUAAAGAUUAAAAAGGACAUCUUAGUUUUGAUAAAUAGGUAUACCACCAUCUAGUCAUUUUGCACAUUAUUUACGAGAUCAAUAUUUUUUACAUUUUACAACGAGAGACUUUAAAUUUAACUGUUAAAUAGAUCUUCGCAAUCAGUGUAUUUUUAAAAUGUUUUUAAAUGUAAUAUUUGUUUACUUCAAAAAUGAAUCGGACAACUUAAAACCAUUCUCAUAGAUUUUGUUAGUUUACUUAUGCAAACUAUUAUGUUAGGCUGUUGUAACUAGAAUAAGUGAGAGAUUCAUUGUAUGAUUGUGCCAUUUGUCCAGUUGGAAGUAGUGUUAGCACUAACUUGUGUUUAGAACUGAAAUCUCUAUGUACAGCUCAUGUUUCCAGCUGGCCUACUUGAAGGCUGUGUAAUAACCAUUGCUCACCUCAUUCUUUUCAUUCUUUUGGUUGAGUCCAUCAUACUUGUUUGCUUUUUAUUUAUUCAUUUAUUUGCCUUGCCUUCCUACCCCUCAAAAACCUCAAUAGCAUUUUGUUUCUCUUUACUGUUAUACAUACAGGGUUUGUAUCUACAUGUGUUACACUGUUACAUUUUCUCUGUUGUGGAGAUUAGUUUUAUUCCCAAGUUUGUUCAUGUACAAACUUUUGGUUUUGAUGGUAGAUUUGUAAUAUUCAGUUUUUAUAAUAUGUUCUAAAAAGUUCUUUAAUGCUAUGGAGCUGAGCCUCUAGCUAGCUAUAUUUACAUUUAUGAUACAGAAUUUAUUAAUUUUUAUUACAAGUACUAUUUUUGUUUCAUGAAUGAAUUUAAAAAACUACUUAGGAAAAAAUUAUUUCUCUCAGUGUUAAAAGUAUUAUUUUGCACAAAUUAAACUUGAUAGUUCCUUUGUCUUCUGAGUCUACCUCUAAAACUGAAGUUCUAGCUCCACUACAGAUUGUUUUUAUCUCUAUUUCAUCUACUUACUUUAUUAAUUACAAAAUAUAUUGACGAGAAAUUAUUUUUAAGCUGUUUUGGAAUGAUUAUAUUUUUGAUGGGAAAAAUGCUAAUUAACUUCACAUUUUUAUGCUUUGACAUGAACCAGUUUGCUGAUGUGUGUUGGUGAUUAGCAGAUACUAUUUACUGUUAGUAUUUGAUGUGUGUUGGUGGUUGGCAGAUACUAGCUGUAAGUGUAAGUAUUUGGUGUGCAUCCAUGUCUUGCUUUAGACCACUAUAUGUAAGGUGCACAUUUGUUGACCAAGUUAACUAUUAUUGUGCUAUGAAAUCUGACACACCAUUGUCACAACAGUAGAGAGAUUGUAUCUGCUGAAAACGUGUUGAUCAUGACCCACAUAAUGACCCAUGAUUUGUGGUACCUAGGCUUCUGUUUUAUGCAGUAUUUUUUUCACUUGACAAUUGACACAUGACCUGAUUGAUGGACCAAUGGAUGACCAACCCAGCAGGGUUUCUGAACAUUUUCAUGAACUUUCUUUUUAGAUAGUCUAAUCUUGCCAGGUUAGUCUUCCAAACAUGAUUUCAUUUGAAAAAAUAGUUGCACAGAAAUAUUAUCCUGUUUUCCAAUGUUUAAAUUAACAUAUACUAUUUAAUUGCUCGACACUUAAAUGAUGGGAAAUAAUUAUAAGUUUUUCAUAAAUUUGUUGUGAAUGGAUGUCAAAAACAAUGACUUGGACUAUUUCUAAAAAAGUCUUUAAUAGAUUUGAUUACAUAAUCAUGAGAUGAGAUGAAAGAUGCCUGAAAUUUUUAUAUUGAAAUAAUUGUAUAUUUUAUUGUUGGUAGCUGAAGCUACAUCUCUCAAUGGUUUCAGGGGGAAAAAAUGGUCUUCUUGUAAUAACUAUUCAAUUAGUAGUUGACGCAUUUGUUUUGUGUUUUAAAAUAUUGGUAUUGAAAUAACAGUAAAAUUUAAAGCAGGUACUUGUAUACUGUUUAACAUGGUGGUUGUGACCAUAUAUAGGGCAAAUGAUGAAUGACUUUGUGAUGUCUUUGUCCAUAACAAUAGUUUCAUAUCAAAAGUGUCACAUUUUUAUUAAACUAACUUGUUUUUUCGAGUUAAUAUUCCCACAUGAUUAAAGUGUGGACAAAUAAUUUGAUUUCAUGAGAAAAAAACUGAUGUGUACCAGAGCUCAUGGUUUUUUUUUUCAAUCAUAAGGUAGUAGCUCUGCCGCUACUUGAGGUAGUUGAAUAUAUCCCAUUCAUAAUAAACUUUUUUCAUGUUUCUUGAUCAUUACACUUAGUCCUCCCCCUUCUAACCCUAAUGACCUACAACUACUUAUUCAACCCCAGCACCUUCUUGCUGCAAGAGCAAUUUUAUAUUUCCAGAUAUUUUUCUGACAAUUUUAGCAAUGUUUGGUGAUGGGUAUAACUUUUUUUUUUAAAUAUGGUCAUGCUGAUUUUAUGUUAAUAUGGCAAGAGUCUUUGAUUUACAUAACUUAUUGUCAAAAGUUGAGAUUUUUUGUAACCACAUUGUAUUUUUCUGAAGUUGAUUAAUGGAAGUUUUAAAUGAGUAAUGUAUCCUAUUGUCUAUUGUAGAUAAGUUUAUGUAAGGAUAGAAGUCUUUCACUGACCACUUAGAGCUGAUUUAAGGCUUAUGCAUUUUUAUUAGAAAGCAAGAUCAGGAACAUUCAAUGUUAUACACAUUUUUAAAAUGUUAGUUGUGAGAAUUUAUUGCAUUGCCAUGAUUUUAAAUGCUGUUCAUAUGUCAUGUGUGGAUAUUUUUGAUGUGAUAGUGUUUUAUUUUAGCAUAGCAUGGUGAUGGCUGUUUUUGGUGUAGGUCAUUUUAUUUCAACUUUUGAAUGAAUGAAGUUUAAUGCUAAGCUGGUUUGAACUAUUUCAUGUCAACAUUUUGCCAUGUCUAUUAACCUUGUGCAUGUUGUGAUUGUGCAAUGCAAUUGUUUCCCCCUUAUCAUUACCACAAAGAAAUUCUCAUGUAUCAUUCAAAUUAAAGAUUCUUAAAAUUAUUUUAUGAUCCAUAUUUUUGUCUGUAGAUAUGAAAUAAACAUGAA